UCUUGUUUUUGGUCGGACACAAUUGGUGGCGUACAACUACCAUCAUCCGGUAACAAAAAAAAUUGUUUGUAAUUUAUGCUAGUUAUUUAUUCACAACAUUCCCUUUACAAAUACUUUCUGCACGCUAUAUUUGUUAAUGGAACAAUUCGAGGAGGAAUUAGUCGCUGCACUAAGGGAAAUUGUCAAAGACGGAAACUGGCAAUAUGUAGGGAAUAAAUGCGAUUUUCAUUCAACAUGCACAAAGCUUUACUCAGAAGAUGGUGAACACAUCGUCCUGGUUCACACAGAAGAUGACCGAUUCUGGGCUAUGGAUUCAUCCUGUCCCCAUGAAGGAGGCCCUCUUGACCUAGGUGACAUUGAGGACCUGGUUGAUGGGAGGCGGGUGCUUGUCUGUCCCUGGCAUCACUUUGACUUCUGCUUGGAGACCGGUGUCUCCUCCCUGGGACUGCAGAACCAGAUCUAUGAAGUCAGAGUGGUUGAAGACAAGAUUUAUGUCAAAACACAGAAUAAGUUGUCUCUGAGUCCCAUCCCAGCGACAAACACAGCAUGUAACGGCAAAAUUUCUGCCGAUGAUUACAAGUCUUCACCCAAUGAGGACACCCUGUGCUUCUGGGCUACAAAGAUCCUCUGCACACCUGACCCCAAAGAGAAGGUAGCCUUGACUCUGGACGUCCAGGAGAGGUGGAACAGUGGAGUGAUGACCGUGGUGGGUCAGGCUACUCCCCCUGUCCAGCCCAGUCGGAAGGACAAUCUGACUGUACUUCAGCCGGGUAGAAUCAAGCGUGGAAAAGGAGGCACACAGGCCAGCAGGAUUGCCCUCCUCCACUCCCUGGCUAAUAUCGAGCAGUGGGCUAUAGAUCUCUCAUGGGACAUCAUUGCUCGCUUCUCAUCGGUCAGACUAAAGACUGGAGAGCCUCUGCCCCGCCAGUUCUUCAAUGACUUUGUCAAAGUGGCUGGAGACGAGGCCAAGCAUUACCACUUACUAGAGACAAGGAUCACAGAACUGGGCAGCUUCUUUGGCGCGUUACCUGUUCAUAAUGGAUUGUGGCAGUCUGCAACAGAUACAUCCCAGGACCUUCUAGCGAGACUAGCCAUUGUUCAUAUGGUGCAUGAAGCCAGGGGCCUGGAUGUCCACCCCCAGACCCUGUCCCGCUUUGCUGCCCGGGGAGACUGCAGCACUGUGGAGGUACUGGAGGUCAUCUACAAGGACGAGAUCACUCACGUGGCGGCAGGUCUCCGCUGGUUCACCUACAUCUGUUCACAGGAAGAACGGGAUGGCUUAUCAACUUUCCAUGACUUGGUGAAGCAGCACUUCAAAGGUUACCUGAAGCCUCCGUUUAACACAGAGGGAAGAAAGACAGCAGGGAUGACAGAAGAGUGGUAUGUGCCUCUUGUAAAGCCUUCCAGUUGAGUGUCUUCAACGGCCAGUAUGCUGUGACAAACACAUUGGCCACAUUCCAGCAGUGUGAAGCAGUUCUGGACUAGUAUUUUAUGUCUGUAGUAUUUAAUCAGUGUGCCAUUGCAAUCAAAUGUUCAACAAUAAUGUUGAAGUGGGAUUCAAACAUGAAUACGACCACUCCUUCUGGAAUGGGAAAAUCUCUAAAACUGACCCAGCCAGCUCUGUAUUAAUACAACUGUGAAAUUAAUUUUACAAUUUCCAAUACAUAACAUUGUAAUAAGGGAAUGGGUUAGAUUAACAUUUUAGAAUGUUAAUUCAUGCAAAUACAAUUCUUUUGGUAGUCUGCAUUAACGGUUUCAUAUUCGACAAAACAACCUUACAAUCACACCAGUGACUCCAGGAAAUCACCAAUUAUCACAUUCAUUAUUACACAUUGUGUGUUCCACAGAUUAUCAGGAAAUUGCACACUGUAUGUUGUGUCUGGUAGGCACAAAACAGGAGAAUUACUUCUGAAACUGGGAUGUCCUACCUGAAUAAAUACAACAUUAGCAUA